AUGUGCCUUCAUGAUGAAAGAAAAUUAAAAAAUCAACAUUUUGAAAUGUUCAAACAGCUACAACCGCGUUCUACUGCCUCUGAGCGUAUCUCAACCGUGCUAAACUUCUCCCAAGAGCUCCGUUUCACUAGAGCCCUUCAAACGUUCAUCAAAAUCAUUUGUAAAGCAGCUUAUCAUGAAAUGUUUUCAUCAUUAUCUUCAUCAGCAUUGUAUUCUAAACAAAUAAAUAAAAUAUGGUGUGAGGGAAUGAUGAAGGAAAACAUUAAUUUAAACCUUCAAAUAUUCAGUAUCAAAGUAAUGUUCGAAGCAAGUCAUUUGAGGUUUGUUGUUUGUGACAUUUUCAGAAUGAAAUUUGAUAAGAAUCUUAUACAUGCUAAAUAUAGCUUUCCUAUAUACACAGCAAGACGAGAAGUUUUAAGCAGAAUUUCAAACAUAACACAAUAG